UCCGGUGCAAAGUAGCCGAUUGCAGUAGACACAUUUUGCCCUGCUGGACAAAACUGAUUGAAAAUGUCUCUCGUAAUUCCAGAAAAGUUCCAACACAUUCUCCGUGUGCUCAGCACCAACAUCGACGGCAAGCGCACGGUACCGAUUGCGCUGACCGCAAUCAAGGGUGUCGGCAGGCGCUAUGCCCAUGUCGUGCUGAAGAAGGCCGAUGUCGAUCCGUUCAAGCGCGCCGGUGAGUGCUCGGAUGAGGAGGUGGAGAAAAUCAUCACCAUCAUCUCCAACCCGCGCCACUACAAAAUUCCGGACUGGUUCUUGAACAGGCAGAAGGAUAUCGUCGACGGCAAGUACAUGCAACUGACGUCGUCCAACAUCGACUCGAAGCUGCGUGAAGAUUUGGAGCGACUGAAGCGCAUCCACGCACAUCGUGGUAUGCGUCACCACUGGGGUCUGCGUGUCCGCGGCCAGCACACGAAGACCACUGGCCGUCGUGGACGCACCGUCGGUGUGUCGAAGAAGAAGUAAGCGGCUAUCCGACGGGGUGGUCCUAUGGCGUGUGCCGUUAUGGUUCUUUCCAACAAUGCUGGACGCAAUUGGCUCUUUUCGGGAAUGUGUUUUGGGCACACCCGGAAAUAUGCGGACAGAGAAGAAAAAGCAUUGGAGCUCGCUUGGAGAAAAACUACAACACACUCAGAGGAAACUGUCGUGGGAACGGAGGAAGUGUAUUUAAACAAAAGGACCCUUUAUUGUGCAUUCGAGUGAUGAGUGAUGCGCAGAACUAUGCAAUAAAUGGUUCUUAAUGAAAACCUAAA